AUGAAUGGCGACAUAAGCCUGUCCAGGGCCCUGGGCGGUCUACGAAUCGCCAAUCUCUCAGAUGAUUCCGACAAUGAGCCCAGUCCUACUCGCGACCAACCCAUCGCGGCAGACGACUCCCACGACAGCCCUUCGCUCUCCAACCCCCUAGACGAGCCGCAACAAACCUCGAAACAUCUCUCGCGUAACCCCCAAGAAGACCAGCACCGCGCACCCAGCGACAACCAAGCUCAAUACAGUCCAGAAGCCGUAUCAAACUUACCACCAGCUGCUACCCCCGAUUUCGCGCAAUCGACUACAGACGGUCCCUUCACCCCUCCCAUCGGGCAGUCAAUCCCACCUUGGCAACCUGCCCUUCAACCAUCACCAAUGGACGGCCCUGAAAGACAAUACCAGACCUCUUCUCGCCCGCUCUCCGGCCCUUUGUCCAACCCCCUUUCCGUCUCGCACAACGUCGAAGCAGGACCGAGCUCGUACAACAACUCCCUAAGGCCGGAGGGUUCCAGAGCGUCCAUGUUCGAUCUUCCCACACGGAGCAACUCGAGAUCCAUGCGAGUCCCUUACGCGGGUCAAAUCCCUCAACGAUCACCGAGCUAUCGAGAGCGGUCGUACAACCCUGAAGUACGGCGCACGCUGCCUCCAGGUGCGGGCGGUGCGGCAUUGCCCCCCAGGAAAAGUUCCAAAGGGCGAGGGGGCGGCUUCGUCUCCGCGGCAGGAGCGCCAAUGGCCCAACCAGGCAGUAACAACUUCGGAGCAGAGUUGCCCCAGCCAGGUAACAGUGAAGAGUGGCAAGAAAAAGGUGCGGCGGUCGGCAUCAGGAGAGAGGUAGAUGCGCAAGGGAAGACAAUCCUGCGAUCUGUCAAGAAAGGUGUCCGUGACUUCUCGUUCGGCAAGGUUUUGGGCGAGGGAUCAUACAGCACAGUUUACCUGGCCACAGACCGACAGUCACUGAAGGAAUACGCCAUCAAAGUACUCGAGAAGAAGCAUAUCAUCAAAGAGAAGAAGAUCAAAUACGUGAACAUCGAAAAGAAUACCUUGAAUCGGUUAACGGAGCAUCCUGGCAUCGUUCGGCUAUACUAUACCUUCCAAGAUGAGACCUCACUUUACUACGUACUGGACCUUUGCAACGGAGGAGAGCUGUUAGGGGUCCUGAAACGGACACAUACCUUUGAUGAGGAGUGCACACGGUUCUAUGGAGCCCAAAUUCUUGACGCCAUUGAGUACAUGCACUCAAGAGGGGUUAUACAUCGCGACCUUAAGCCGGAGAAUGUGCUACUGGACGAUAACAUGCAUGUUAAGAUAACUGACUUCGGAACGGCGAAGCUGUUGCCAGACCCCAGAGACCCAAGGCCACAGCCUGAGAACGCGGCUCCGACCGAAGGGAAUUCGCGGGCAGCCUCGUUCGUCGGGACCGCCGAAUACGUCAGCCCGGAGCUUCUUACGGAGAAGACUGCGGGCAAGGCGAGUGAUGUUUGGGCCUACGGUUGCAUUAUAUACCAGCUACUUGCCGGACGUCCGCCAUUCAAAGGCGGUACAGAGUACUUGACAUUCCAGAAAAUUGUUGGUCUAGAAUACGAUUUCCCUCCAGGCUUCCCGCCAGCGGCACGAGACCUUGUCGAGCGAUGUUUGGUCCUGGACCCAGGGAGGCGUCUGACCAUCGAGCACAUCAAAAACCACGAGUUUUUCGACGGGCACAGCUUUGGAAAGGGCCUGUGGAGGACAAAGGCCCCACGACUCCGACCACACAUACCACCCACGCAGGAGCCACAGAUUAUCCAGCUCAAUGGAUCAUCCUCCGGCUCUAACCAAAACCCGCCGUCCAGCAGAGGGCUACAAUCCCAGAAUGGAAGCGGCAGCAGGCCCGCCAGGAUAAUUACUGAGUUACCGCCUCCUACACAGCUUGAUAUCGAAUGGUCACCGGUCCUGACGAGGAACAACGAGAGAAUAUUGAAAUUGGGUGACCUGCUCGUCAUAUCAUCACCGAUUCCCAACAGCCCACACGGCAAAGGAGAACACGGCCAACACAACAAAUUCUCACGGUUCUUUGGCGGGAGCACGAUGAAGAAAAAGCAAAGACUGGUCAUGGUCACAUCUAGCGGUCGCAUUGUGCUGGCUCCUGCGGGCGGCGAAGAGAAAAAGGCUAAGCAAGAGAUUUCACUCCUUGCUCCCGACUGCGCGUGGCGGACUCAGGUCGAUGUGAAGGGGCAGGUCGUCUGGUGCAUUGAUGCGAAUGGCACCCAUUACCAGUUCGAACAGCCAAAGUCUUCACAACUCGACGCAGGCACGGUAGAUGAGUGGAUAGAGGCUCUCGAAAGGGCGAAAGACCUUGCAAUGUCUCAAGACUUGUCUGGCUACAACAGUGAUAAUGGCUUUGGAGAAAUGUCAUCGUCCAUGUCUCCCAGCCCAGCAAGCACACUGUCACGACAGGUGCCGUACCCUGAAGGAGGGUUCAGCAUCGCCGAUAGAUCGGGCCGCAAUCAGUUGAGUAAGAGCCAGGCUAGCCUGGAGGAACAACAGGCAAAGAGAAACCGUUUCAGCAAGAGACAGUCAAAGAAUGGGUUGGGCACAGCGGCGUUCUGA